AUGCCGGAGGAGGAGUUAGGCUGGAUGUUGAAAGAACGUUUGGGACUGGAUGCAAUCAGGAAGCAGUUGCUGGAGACAGCAUUGGCAGGUCGGGAGAACUAUGAUGUGGUCGAAUCAGAAUGCCUUCGUCUGUUUCGAGAUUUGCACUCCUCCGACCCUUUGAACAAGAGCAGACCUUUUGACAAGGCACCACUACUCCAGCGUUUCCUACAGUCCCAUGACAGACACAGCUCUUCUUCGUCCUACAGGCCUUCGACUACAGCCAGCUCGACGGCUCCCUCUUCUCGCUCCUUCCGGACUCAGAGCUCUGGUUCCAGCCGGCCACCUUUCAAGCGUUUUGGCCAGCAGACUCAACCUCGACAAGCCUUGAUUGCCGAGGGUUACCCUCCUGAGAACCUGACGAUCGAAGAAGUCCUCCAGACCGAAGCUGAGCUUCUUGCCCAAGAGCUGCAGGAGCUCGAGACUGAAGGUUGCGACCCUCGAGUGCUUGAAGAUUUGGAGAGCGGCAUGGAACAGGCCGCAGAGAGUCUGUUGACAAUGCGUGAAGCACGCACCAAAAUAGCUGAGGUCAAGAAAGACCGUGGAUAUGGAAAGCCUGGCCAACCGGCUCCUCGAAAGCCUAAGAGCCAGAUGACGAAGCAGGUCCGUGUCACCGAGACCCUGAACACUGAACAUGUGGCUCCUGAAGAACCUGAUGACAUGGGCCACGAGGUCAUGACAGUGGCCGCCGGCGAUUCAUGGGAUCGCCCAUUGUUCGAACUACUGAGAGCUGACUUGGUGGGUGGCGAACUUUUGGAGUUGGGUCAGCUGGCCGCAGGCCACUUCGCCCUUCCACUCCAGCCACGCCAAUGGCCUCGUCCGGACUCCCAACGCUGGCGGAAACUUGGACAAGACGGCAUAGUUGAACUUCAGUUGAACAGUUUUGAUUUUUGGAAGAAACAGUUGCAAUUGAAGAUGAGUCAUUUUGAAGUGCCUUUUGAGUCAACCUCCGAAGCACCGCAUGAGCACCUUGUGACAGAGCAUGCGAUCCUUGCUGCGACAUCGGCCGGGGCUCAAGCUAUGAAGGAUCUGUGGAUCGUAAUGGAAGCGGCCCAGCACUUCGACCUGACCGAGAACGACUACACGAAGGUGGUGCUGCGCUGGCGGCGAAUGCUUCUCCGCCUUCGCGCAAAGGCCGCUUGGCACGCAUAUGGCUUGCUCUUGUGGCUGUUGCCUCGUCCGCAGCUGCGGUACGCGCCCUUUCCGUACCCCAGCAUCAGCCAUACCAGACAUUGGCAAGAACAAGCCGAAUCUAUGACCCUCCAGAAGCCAAAGGCAUUGAUGGUCAAGCACUGGCAGCGAGCUCGAACCCAAGAACCGUCAGUGUACACGACCAAGAACCUCCUGGACUUGGGACAAUUCAGGAACCGUGCUGGCCUCAACUUCGCCUUCAUGGAGGACAACAUGUUGCAAGGAAUGCUUGCGGCACGCGCCAGCAAAGGCCUGACGGCCCAAUUGAAGCGGGAUGCCAUUCAGGAAGCCCAACUCGAAGCCGAGGCCGCUACCAAGCGUGGAGAGAAGCACGACAUGGUGCGCUCCCUCAUCGGCCCAAAGGGAGGCCUGCCAACGUUGAAGGCAGACCUGGUGAAACUGGCUUCACUCCUGAACAUCCCCGUCCAGACUGGAAUGACUGUGGAAGACCUCAAGAAAGCUUGCCGCCCCUUGGUUGCCGAGAUUGCUCAAAAGCCAACUCCCUCGAAGGCAAGUGGAUCUACCAGUUCAACGGAAAGACAUGUCCCCGAGACUUCAAUGGCGAGACCUGCUCAAGCGCCCGAGACAAUUGGCGCGAAGGUCAAGGCAUCUCCUGGAGUGACCGCUCAAGAGCUACAGGAAGUCCUCACCAUGCAGGACCACAAGUUCCAAGGGAUGCUGAACCAAGUGCUCCAGAGCAUUUCGACCCUGCACCAAGCAUCGCACCUGCCAGGACCUAUGACUUCCGGUCCGAUGGAAACCGAAGCAACCAUGGACUUCGGCUGGACCCAGGACGAGAUUCAACAGAUGAACCGCGACUACUACCAGGACGACUUGGAGUGGCGCCAGGAAGUGAAUGAAGUCUAUGAGGAGCAGUGGCAUCGAGCGAUGGACCACUUCCAGAACGAGAUCCUUGUCACCACCCUCACCGUUGGCGAUGAGAAGUCUUUUCAGUCCCAUGCCAUGUCUGAGAAUAGGUUGAUUUCAAAGAACCCCGACCUUGUUGAGAAUGACCGCUUCCCCAAGACCUUUGUCACCGAGGUCUACACAAACACGGAGCGAGUUGUGCAGACGGCUCGCAAACGAGGACAUCGAGUGGGGGCCUCAAUGAGCUUGGAAUCAGGAUGGAAUUUUCUCCGUCCACUGGAUCGCAAAGCUGCCAGAGCAGUCCUGAAGCGUGAAAGUCCUUUCUUUUUGGUGCUGGCAUUUCCUUGUUCCUUUUGGAGUGUGUUACUCAACCUCAACCCUCCGAAGAAUGGCACCAAGAUGUAUGAGGAAGCAAUCACCCUCUUGCAGUUCGCCCUCCAAUUGGCCAAGGACCAGAAGAGUCGUGGUUGUCACUUUGUUUUGGAGAACCCUCAAUCCUCUAGAGCAUGGACCCUGGAAGAAAUGCAAAGAGCCUUGGAGCAACUUGAGGCCCGUUGUGUAGUCUUCCACCAAUGCCGAUUCAACUUGAAGAACCAGGCGGGUGACCUGCUUCGGAAAGCUACGCGGAUAGCCACUUCGAGUGAUGAGGUCCUUUCCCAACUGGACGGCAUGAAGUGUCUUGGCAAUCACCCUCAUGGUCACAUCAUUGGGGGAAAAGCUGUUUCAGAGCCCGCUGGCCACUAUCCGUGGGCCCUCGCAAAGGCCCUGGUGGUUGGCAUGGAAAAGCAGUUUGAAGCUGACUUCAAAAGACCACACAACAUCCUUGCCAUCGAAGACGGUGAGGAGGCUGAAGAUGAGACCGCCCUGCCGAUUGACAUGAACCUGAGUGACUCUGAUCAGGAGUCCACUGAAGCUGAGGCAGUAAGCGCCUACAACUCGGACAUCAACGACGCUGGUGUCUCUCCUAUGCAAGCUGCCUUUGGAAAGCAACCCCGGAUGCACGGAGAUUGCCUUGGUGAUUUUGGUCGCCGCUUGAGUGAGCAUGGACUCAUCGACUCUCGGCCAAGUUUGGCCAGACAAGUUGCCAUGCGAGAGACUGCUCGCUUGGCGAUGGUACGCCUUCAUUUUUCCAAAGGUACAUCUCCAUUUCCUGAAGCUGUACGAGCUGCCUUUGAACAGAGACGGCAGAGCGUUUCCAGUGCCGCCCCAAGUGCUAGCGGCGAGUCACAGGCUUCCAAGAGGCCUGCUGAACUGGAUGCUGAGCGCUUGCGUGAAGAAGCUCUUCAACCAGACCCUGUUGCUCCAACUCCGGCUCAACCUCCAGAUGAAGUUCCUGAUGAAGCUUCAGAAGCCCUGAGAGUGACUCAUGAAGUGAUGGAAAUGGAAGCAUAUGCCAAUGUGCAUCCGCUCCGUCAGAUCCAGAUCAUGGCGGAACAGGAUCGUCUGAAUCCCUUGGAAGCCAGAGUCCGAGACCAUGGGACAUGGCGUGGCAAUUGGCCUCUCCCCUCGAGGACAGAAUUCAGACGACGGCAAAUGCUGAAGCAACUUUGGCCCCUUGGCAAUGACGAUGCUGCUCAGGAAGUGCUUGCAGUGCUCACUGCUCGUAAGGAGCAUGUAUGGAGUCACAUGUCGGACUUUGAGAAAAAGGAGUUCCGUGAAGCAGCAGCCAAAGGAUGUAUGAAGUGGAAGCUGGCAAGUGCUGACAUCAAGUCGGCAUUCAUGAAAGGUGAAGAGUUUGGCCCCAAUGAACGCAUCCUCUACCUCGCCAACGUGAAGACCCGAGCACCUGAUGAGCCACGCCUACCAUUCUCUGAAGCAGGCUUAUGCCGUGUGAAAAAGGGAGUAUUUGGCUUAGCUGACAGCCCUCGUCGUUGGUAUAAGAGGUUAUGCAAGUCAGUACAACACCAUGGUUGGCGACUUUCAGCUCUGGAUUCGGCCAUGUGGUUCCUGUGGGCAGGCUCCAAAUUGGAAGGCAUCCUCAUCUCCCACGUGGAUGACUUGCUACUGGCCGGAGGCCCUCGUGCGCACCACACCUUGCAGUUGCUGGGUGCCGAACUUGGGUUUGGUUCCACCUCCACCGGAACCAUAACCUAUUGUGGAAAGAAGAUUGAGCAAGCUGAAGAUUUUUCGGUGAAAGUUUCCAUGGAAGAGUACCAUAGCAAUCUGCAGCAGGUGCGCAUCAACCCACUUCGAAAGAAGAAUCCAGAGGCCACUUUGAUGCCUGGGGAACAACGCCAGCUCAGAGCUCUCCUCGGGACUUUCGGUCAUCCACUCGACCGGAAGCCCUUUGACCUUAGCACGGAUUCCGUGCCCCUGUUGGUUGUCACCGACGCCAAGGAUGCAUUCGACAAAUCCUGCUCGGAAACGCCGAGCUAUGGCAGCCAAAAGAGUUUAGCUUUCACCAUAAGCUGGAUUCGUUCAAUGCUGGCUCGAUGCAACACGAGAAUGCGUUGGACAGCAACAGAGAACAUGAUCGUAGACUGCGGCACUAAGGAGCUUGACCCUCAGCACCUUCACAAGAUCCUGAGAGAUUGCAAGUGGUGUGUACAGUUUUCCUCCCAGUACGUCAAACAGACGUCCAAAAGUAAGAAGCCCAUGGCUAACUCACAACAGACCGGAAGGGUGGUGAGAAGUGACAUGGGAGUCCCUUUUGAAAGCUCCUCCCCGUUGUUUGGCCAUGUGAUGAAGCUCUCACAGAGCUCAGGUUGGCAUAUUUUGAAUGAAGAUUUGGCCGUCAACGUGUGCCGUCAGGCUCGUUCGUACAGGACCCCAGAGCCACGCUGUUCAAGAACGACGCAUGCGUUUCGUUCCACUUUUGCCCGCUUUGACAGCGAACAUAGUGUGAUUUGGCGACAGUUGGAAGACUCUGUCGACAUGCGAGAGCUCCAGAAUCCUCGAUCGAUGCUUGAGGAGCCUGUUGCUUUGCUCGUGACCGUGUUCAGCCGUUGCCCAACCCCUCAAAUGCCACAAGAGAAGGGGAUGAACUGUGAAAGUUGA